UUCAUUCUUCUUCAUGUUCCCAGCAGAGAGUACGCAAUGACUGCUUUACGAUUCGUUAGAUCUGUCUGGGAGUCCUUCCGGGCUACUUCCGGCUUGGAGCCACGACUCCUUGAUAACCUGCAAGUCACGGCUGCCAGACCUGGUGUUGUCAAUUUUGAAUUGGAUAUCAAGAAAGAGCAUACGAACCGCUUGAACAUCCUCCAUGGAGGGACCAUCGCGAGCAUGGUCGACCUUGGAGGCUCUUUGGCUGUUGCUUCCCGUGGGCUCUUUGCUACUGGCGUCUCGACAGAUCUCAAUGUGACAUAUCUCAGUUCUGGAGGCAAAGUUGGCGACAAAAUUCUGGCGGAGGUUACUUGUGACAAGUUCGGCAAAACGCUUGCGUAUACCUCUAUCAAAUUCAUGAACAGCAAAGGCGACAUCUUUGCGCGAGGAAGCCACACGAAAUUCAUCGCCCUUGCCUGGAAAGACCCCAAAAACAUUGUGGAACAGCUCCAGAAGGAAAGCUCGUCAUGAACUAGCCAAGUCCACAGUCUGGGAUACUGUAUAAACUGUAAUUAUACCUCAAUAGUUACACUCAACAUAGAGAGGGAUAGAUAGAUCGACUGUUCCGAAACAUAAAUGAUAGUUCUACUUAUUUCGUAAU